AUGCUUCGAAACGUUGUACGAACAGGCUACCGUUGUAGCUUCAAAAGUCAGUAUAACAUUUUUUCACGCUAUAAUAGCAAAGGCACGGGCUAUUAUAUAUCAAGAAGAAUAGGCUCAGCUGCAACUUCGAAUGACCCAUUUGGAACCGACUGGACCGCCGCUCCACAACAACAACAAACCACAAAUACUGAUCCGUUUGCAAACAACACCUCGAGUGCUGGGUUUCCACAGCAAGAGGGAGGCGAGGUGAACAGGAGCGAAGCUUUUCUUGCUGAGACGAGGAACAUAGAACCACAGAGGAAUUUCUCUGAACACUAUUCCCAACGCACUCGUCAUCCAAAAUGGACACCUGAGGAACAGGAUAAGCUUGCUCAAGCGGUAGCAGAUUAUGGCAAAGAUUGGAAGGUUAUAUCUCGUGACGUAUUCGCUGGCUUUCGCGGCGCACUGGGAUGUGAAACACGUUACAUGACACAAACAUGGACACCUGAAAUGACCCAACGAUUAUUUGCCGCUGUCGAGGAACAUGGGACUAAAUGGGAACGUAUUCAUUCAGAUCAUUUUCCAGAUUGGAGUGAAAGAGCGCUUCAGAUAUGGUACGAGAAAUUCAAAGGUCGUAGUGGCGCCGAGGAAUCUUCAGGAAGUCGUCAACGUAAAAAUGUUGAUGAAUCCGACGCUCCUCGUCGCCGGUUAUGGACAGAGGAAGAAAUCGAGACCCUUCGUUCGGCGGUAAAGGAGCAUGGAACUGAUUUUGAGCUUAUAUCUCGAGACGUGUUCAAAUUUUCGCGAAGUCCGCUAGCUCUACAGAUAAAAUAUGAUCAGAAGAUAGGCCCUAAUAAAGAUAAAUAUAGUGGAUCGGAAAGAAAAAAGAGGUAUUCGAAUGAGGUACCUACAUUUUUCCAACAAGAUUACACGAAACUUCUCGACGAAAAUGGAAAUCUUUUGGUGGACCAGUCCGAACUCCAUUCCAAACUCGGGUCCGAACUCACUCGUGCCUGGUCACAUAUAGCCCGGAUGAUGGGUCCGCAUGUUAAUAAACUUCAACUCACAUAUGACACGCCGCCCAUUUCAACCGUAUUGCCGUCUCAAGUAGUUCAUUGGAGUAAAUCAGAGAAUGAGACAUUGUUCACAACGGCGAAAGAAACUAAUAAUGACUGGACUAAGAUAGCCGAAAGUCUGCCAGGGAAGUCGUUGGAUGAGAUUAAAAAUCGAUUCGGGUCGCCAGAGUGGAGUGCCGAAGAAAUCGAUUUACUACACGAAGCUAUGAAGGAACACGAUACAGAUUGGACUAAGAUAUCGAACAAAGUUCCUGGCAAGAGUCCUGGACAGUGUUGGUCAUACUGGAGAAGAUCUACCGGAGCAGACUUGGCUGAUAAUGAAGACAACAAAGAGAAGAGUUCGGAGAUUGCUACAGCAACAUCCCAAAAUGUUCGAGUAGACAUUCAAAUGUCAGGCAAUGUAUCCUUGGAAUUCGUAUUUGCACGUACCAAUGAAGCAAAUUCGUUUACUUUCGAUAACACGAGCCAAUCUGUUUAG